GGCAUAAGGUGAUGACAGUGUUUCGCUUAGGGUCCCUGACAGAUGGGGGAGGGGGCCCAAAUCAAAUGUUGCUAUGGCUAGGUUAACUUCAAGGUUUUUGAGGUUAGGGUUAGGACAAAGGAAUAAGGAACAUGCAUUUCGGGUUUAGGUGACAGACCCUCAGGAAACCAUGCGUGCAUGUUAGCUGGGUUGGUGUAAAGCUCUCUUAUAAAGAGCUGCAAGUCAACACUAGUAGAUCUCUGCCAGUCUAGCAUGAUGUACCGGUUCUUCAUCCUCCUCCCACAUCUCCUUUCCUGUACCGGGGCCUCGGAGAGUGGUAUUAUGGGGGGAAACGUAGCUAAGCCCCACUCCAGACCCUACAUGGUCUCUUUACAGCACAGAGGACAUCAUGUUUGUGGAGGGAUGCUCAUCCACGAGUACUUUGUCCUGACCGCCGCUCACUGUUUGAAAAAUGCUUAUCCUUUGACGGCUGCGCUUGGAGCCCACAACUUAAAGAAAAAGGAGAAGAGUUGUCAGAAGAUUCAGGUGGCACAUUACCAUACCCACCCAUUACAUCAGAAUAUAACACAGAACAGCUAUGACAUCAUGCUACUGAAGUUGAAGGUCAAGGCUAAACUUACCAAGAAUAUUACGAUCGUUGCACUCCCAGACAAGGAUACCCAUGUCCCUGCAACCACCAGAUGCUCUAUUGCGGGUUGGGGCAAGACUAACUAUGGCAGUGCUUAUGGUUCAGAUGUUUUGAUGGAAGCCGUAGUGGUAAUGCAGGAUAACUCUGAAUGCAAGCGCAAGUGGAAGACAUACUUUGAAAACAACCAGAUGAUAUGCACUCGAACUAAAGAAAAGAAAGGAUUUUGUCAGGGAGAUUCCGGGGGACCUCUUCUUUGCCACGGCAAGGCACAGGGUAUCAUCUCUUAUUGUUGUUUGGAUUGUGCUGAUCACAGUUCUCCAAAUGUGUUCAUGAAAGUACCUUUUUUCAGGCCGUGGAUUGACGAGGUUUUGAUGGGAUAUGGUACCCACAUGUCUUUAAACAGGCAAGCAUGAACAAAUAGUGUAAUGUGUUGUUUGUAUGUGCUUUGGUAGCAAUCAAAAACGUGAUUCCAUUUUCACUGUUGUUUUUAUAAAACUGUUAUUGUACAAUUAAAGUUGUUUGGAAA